GUGAUGGCGCAUUUGCUGACGCGGCUGCUCGAUCCGCUUGGGCUCCUUGACUCAGAUGAUAUUCGAGAGAUAGUAACUGCUGCUGCAACCGAAGGAGCAGCUAAGGAUGAAGAAGUAACAGCUCAGAGUGCCAAUGAGUUCUUCAAGGCUGUUAUGGAAGGCGAUGUGAAACAUGUCGCUGAAGCCCUCAAAAAGAACAAAGGAUUUGUAAAUGUGGAUGUCAAGGAAAACACACCCCUUCAUCUAGCUGCUUAUCAAGGUCAUCUUCAGAUAGUCGAGUUACUUAUCAAGAAUGGAGCCAAACUCAAUGUCAGAGAUGACGAGGGUGACACUGCCCUAGCAAAUGCUGUCCUUCAAGAUAAUCAACGAAUUGUGAAGUACCUGUUAGACCACGGGGCCGACCCCAACACUAAGGAUGUCGAGGGAGGAAGAAGUCCUCUUCAUAUCGGGGUGUCGAAGAACCAUACUCAGUGUGUGAGACUCAUCCUUGGAAAAGGUGGAAAUCCAAAUGCACAAGACAAUGUUGGAGACACCCCUUUGCAUGACGCCAUCCGGAGAACACAGAAGGAGAUAACUGAGCUCCUCAUAAAUGCUAGAAACAUCGUCUUGGAGUUGAAAAAUAAAAGAGGAUACAAUCCGCUACAUCACGCUGCCCUGACAGACAAUCCCCAUGCUACUCGUCUUUUAAUCAAGAAACAACAAUCUCUAGUUGACAUCCGGAAGAAUGAUGGCUACGCGGCUCUUCACCUGGCAGUUCUUAAUAACCAUCGUAAUAUCUCAGAAAUACUUAUCACUGAGGGGCAUUGUGCUAUUGACAUGUACAACGAGCAGCAUCAAACGCCGCUGGUUCUGGCUGUCUCUCAAGGUCAUACUGCCAUCAUCGAAGACCUGAUCAAGCACGGAGCUGAUAUCAACUCAUCGGAUGGUGAUGGGGACAGUUGCCUUCACAUCGCGGUGAUGAAAUAUCGACAGGGGCAGGAUAUUCCUGAUACUGAUAAUCUGAGAACAUUCCGAAAGAAGUAUCGUGACAAUGGAAUUACCAAGCCUCUUACUGCUCUAAUGUGUUAUCUUGUACAAGAGGGUGCAGACAUCAGUCAGACUAAUCUCAAGAAACACACACCAUUCAACUAUCUGAAAGAGGCUGCCGUUCGUAAAGUCCUGGAGCACAUCGCUCGCAAGCUGAAGAGAGAGGAGCUUGAUGACAGCAGCUUAGUUCACGUACAAGCUAAUGACGGAGGUCGAGGGAGUAAUGCAGACCAACAUGAUCGUAAUGAUCCUUCGGAAUCACCAAGGGGCUCACUUUCAGAUGAUUCUUUCUGUGGAGUCCACAUCAUAAAGGAUCCUAAGAAUGAGGUGAAGUUGAAAGAAAUUAUCGGAAGAGGUGGCUUUGGUGAGGUUUGGAAGGGCCAAUGGAGAGGUACACCUGUUGCCGUCAAGCUCCUUAUCAGGGAGGGUAGUCAAGAUUCUGAAGUUGAGCAGGAGGUUGCAGUCCACAAGCGUGCCCUCCAUCCAAACAUUGUUCAGCUGAUGGCGGUUGGCCACCAACGUUCCCCUGGAAAUGCUAUGAUCGUCAUGCAGCUCAUCGAUGGGAGUAAUCUCAGUACAGUCAUCUUUCAGGAUGGUAAUCCUUAUGAAUUCAUGCAGAAGGUACAAUUAUCUAGGGAUCUUCUGUCAGCUGUCACCUUUCUCCACCACUGUAAGAUACUCCAUCUCGACAUCAAACCACAGAAUAUAAUCGUUGAAUCAAAGACGAAGAAGCCAUAUUUGUGUGACCUUGGUCUUGCGCACAUCAAGACGAGGUCAACUAUGUCACUUGCAACCAACGUGCCUGCCAGAGGUACAUUCAUGUACAUGCCACCUGAAUGCUGCAUAUCUGUAGAUGGUAACAUGUCCGCCACAUCGGCAUUCGAUGUCUGGGCCUUAGCCUGUACGUUCCUUGAGUUUUUCUCGGGAAAACACAUCUGGCCCAGGACCAUCACUCAAAUGGCUCUACUCCGUAAGUUCAUGGGCGCUGAUGUCGUGCCAGCCAGUGUGGAGAAACUCAAACCAAACAUUAAGAAGAUCGUGAAGCCAUGCUUUCAGAAAGAGCCAUCUAAACGUCCGUCAGCGGAAUCGAUGAUGCAGCAGUUCAGUGGGCUGAUGUGAACAACUUUUACCCGUAAGGCUCGUUCAGAUAUGUCCCUUUUAAACUGCCGUGGUAUUCACUUGUAAAUGAGUGACAACUGCGCCAUCAAUUUACCUGUGCGUUCUUACUGAACUAUGUGUAAUAAGAUACAGAAAUGUGAAGCAUAUCAUUGCACUUUACGUUUCCAUAAAGAAGAAAUACAGCAGUUUUGCGGAGUCAUAACCGAUCGAGGCUU